AUGUAUUCAUCACUUUUCAUCGUCGCAUUGGUGGGUUUCGCCGCCGCCAAGACUGAUUUAUCUGGUUGCGUCUCUUCAUUGACAAAGGACGUUUAUGGGGAAGCAUCUGUGCUCUACUAUGUUCCAGGAAGUGGUGAAAUCUGCGCUUUCAUUGACUGCGGCGGCGGUCGCGCCCCCCCAAAGACAACAGUCCCGGGUUGCGCUGCCUAUUCAGGGACAGCGACUUACUCCCCAAGUUAUCUUCAGCUGAACGGAGCAGCGUCCACAACAGCCGCCUCUAGCACUGCUUCAGGCUUUGCUCGGUCAAGUUACGCUUCAAGCUUUGCUCAGUCAAGUGCCAUGAUCACGGGAAAGACGACUUCAGCCGCAAUUUCGUCCCAAACAUCGGUUGUCAGCUCAGCUUUCGGCUCGGCGUCUGACUCUGUUUCAUCAGCACUUCCAUCUUCUACUAGUGCGCCUGGCAGCACAAUCACAUCAUCUGCGUCUGCUUCCCCCUCAGCAUCCGGAUCUGGAGCUUCUUCGGGAUCUGGUACCGCGUCUGGCAGCUUGAAUGCCUCUGUCUCUUCGCCUUCGGGAUCGUCAACUUCUGCCGCGUCGGGCAGCUUGAACACCAGCUCUUCGUCUUCUGGAUCGUCAACUUCUACCGGAUUAGCAGGUGCCGCAUCAACUACGCCGAAUGCGGCUGCCGCCAACUCGGUCCAUGGCCUCGUUGGUGCCGUUGCAGCAGGAUUUGCAUUCCUUCUGUAA